AAGAAAAAAGAAAAAAAAAAACAGUGGAGACAGACGCCGACGACCCAACCAAACCGAACUCGUUUUAUUUUCGACUUUUCGCUGGUCGUCGGCAGAACAGUCUCCACCUCUCUCUCUCUCUCUGAAUUUCUCUCCUCUCUCUACUCUCUCUGUCUCUGCUUGAUUCAGGUGCAGAAUUUCAGGGUUGAGGGGGAGAGAUAAUGUCUGGAGCCGGUUCGCAAAACAGCUUGAGAAAAGCACUUGGUGCUCUCAAGGACACCACCACGGUUUCCUUGGCUAAAGUCAACAGUGAUUACAAGGAAUUGGACAUUGCUAUAGUUAAAGCCACAAACCAUGUUGAGCGCCCAGCAAAGGAAAAACACAUUAGAGCUAUUUUUUCUGCUAUUUCAGCUACACGACCUCGGGCUGAUGUUGCAUACUGCAUCCAUGCUCUUGCCAGACGGUUAUCGAGGACUCAUAAUUGGGCAGUUGCUUUGAAAACAUUAAUCGUAAUUCAUCGUGCUCUGAGGGAAGUGGACCCCACAUUUCAUGAAGAACUCAUUAAUUAUGGCAGAAGCAGGAGCCAUAUGCUUAACAUGUCUCAUUUCAAAGAUGAUUCCAGUCCUAAUGCAUGGGAUUAUUCUGCUUGGGUCCGUACCUAUGCCUUAUUUUUGGAGGAGAGGCUGGAAUGCUUUCGUGUGUUGAAGUAUGACAUUGACACAGAUCGCCCAAGGACGAAAGAUCUGGACACUGCUGAAUUGCUUGAGCAGUUGCCAGCUUUGCAACAGCUACUUUUUCGUGUCCUUGGUUGCCAGCCACAAGGGGCAGCACUUCAUAACUUUGUGAUUCAGUUAGCACUUUCAAUGGUUGCUUCAGAAAGCACAAAAAUUUAUCAAGCUAUAAGUGACGGCACUGUCAAUUUGGUUGACAAGUUCUUUGAGAUGCAACGCAAUGAUGCUAUGAGAGCUCUUGAUAUAUACAGGAAGGCUGGGCAGCAGGCUCAGAGACUAUCAGAAUUUUAUGAAAUAUGUAAAAAUCUUGAUAUUGGGCGUGGUGAGAGGUUUAUUAAGAUCGAGCAGCCCCCUGCAUCAUUUCUACAAACCAUGGAAGAUUAUGUGAGAGACGCUCCACGAGGUUCAACAUUUCGCAAGGAUCAAGUGGUUGACAAUAAAAUUGCCUCCCCUAAGGAAGUCUUGGCCAUAGAAUAUAAAAAGGACCCAGAGGUGCAGGAGGUACGUCCACCAUCACCACCUCCGCCUGAACCAGUCAAAGUAGAAACGCCUGUGGCUGAACAGCCUGAUUUGUUGGGUUUGAAUGAUUCUACUCCAGAAGCUUCAGAAUUAGAUGAGAAGAAUGCUAUGGCUUUGGCAAUUGUUCCAGUUGAUAAUCAACCGACAUCUGCUGCCCCGAAUCAAGCAAAUGGAACCACAGGCUGGGAGUUGGCACUUGUUACAGCUCCAAGCUCAAAUGAGAGUGCGACAGCUUCUAGCCAACUGGCUGGAGGAUUAGACAAGCUUACACUAGACAGCCUUUAUGAUGAUGCAAUCAGAAGAAGCAACCAGAAUGUAAGUUACAACCCAUGGGAGCCUGUUCCAAUGGCCGGUGCCAUGGUGCAUCAGACAGCACAUGAUCCGUUUUUGGCCUCCCACACAGUGGCUGCACCACCUACUGUACAGAUGGCUGCAAUGGCCAACCAGCAGCAGGCUUUCAUGUAUCAACAACAGCAGCAGAUAAUGAUGAUGGCUCCACAACAACAACAGUCUUUAAAUCCUUUUGGAAAUACAUAUGGAGCCAGUGUCCACCCCUAUAACCCAGGUAUGCCUGUUCAAGCCUACAACCCAUAUUCAGGCCUUAUCUAGAUGGUUUUGUUGAAACAGAAACAUGGGGGAGAAAGAAAAAUUGGUUUUUGGAUUUUGAGAAUGCAAAAUAUGAAGAAUAGAGAGAUGUGUACCAUAUAUUGUGUAUGUGCAGUAGUUAGCUAGGGUGAGAUUCUUUGUUUAAUAAUUAGUCAGAGCGAGGGCUUUGGAUUAUUUGAUUAUUUUAUGUCAAUGAAGGUUGGUAAUAAUGUUUUCCAGACUACUGUCAGAAGUUUUUAUGCCUGCUUACUCAAUGAUGUUUACAGGAAAUUAUUCUUGGUAAUUUCUCUGUUUCUCCUCUCUUUUUUCUUUUAGGUCUAUUAAGCUUUUCAAUAGAGGAUAGGAGUGAUUUGUAAUCUACGACUUUGAUACUACAUUUAUGUAAUGAAUAUACAUUUCAUUU